AUGGUGUUCAAAAUGAAGAUGCUGGAAAAUUUUAGUUCUUCAUAGGAACUACAAAAAUUGAAGGAAAAACAUUUUCAAAAGGAGAUUGUUGUGAAAAUAUGUUUACAACUAACUGAUACUAUACAGCUUUUUAAAAAAUAAUAAAAUACUUUGAGAAGAAUUUAUGGUAAAAGGAAACUGGACUAACAAUGAGGCCAAAGACUUUUCCUGCCACAACUUACUCUGGAAAUAGCCGGCAGCGCCUACAGGAGAUCCGUGAGGGGCUAAAGCAGCCCUCCAAGUCUUCAGUUCAGGGGCUGCCUGUGGGACCAAACAGUGAGGUUUCCCUGGAUGCCAAAGUCCUGGGGAGCAAGGAUGCCGCCAGGCAGCAGCAGAUGAGAGCCACCCCAAAGUUUGGACCUUAUCAGAAAGCACUCAGAGAAAUCAGAUAUUCCUUGUUGCCAUUUGCCAAUGAAUCAGGCACUUCUGCAGUUGCUGAAGUAAACAGGCAAAUGCUACAGGAGUUGGUGAAUGCAGGAUGUGACCAGGAGAUGGCGGGCAGAGCACUCAAGCAGACUGGCAGCAGGAGCAUUGAGGCUGCCCUGGAGUUCAUCAGCAAGAUGGGCUACCUGGACCCAAGGAAUGAGCAGAUUGUGCGUGUCAUCAAGCAGACUUCUCCAGGCAAGGGCCUUGUGCCUACCCCGGUCACGGUGGCCCGAAGGCCAAGCUUUGAGGGUGCACGUGAAGGCUUCCCGUCUUUCCACCCGCUGCCCGGAGCAGCCUAUGAAGGCGCAGGCUUCUGCGCAGACUCUGCGGCGCUGGAGGAGGUGCCACGGCCCUACGUGGACUUCCUCUUCCCUGGGGCCCCACACAGCGUACCCCAGGCCUAUGGCGCUGAGGCAGCGGCAGGUGCGCGCUUCCCGGGCCCACACUACGGCCGCACACGCCUGCCCGGACCCCGGACCAACUCUUUCAGUGGCCCGCAGGCCGAGCCCGCGGUGCCCGCACCCAACACAGUCACAGCAGUCACCGCUGCGCACAUCCUGCACCCGGUAAAGAGUGUGCGUGUGCUGCGGCCCGAGCCUCAGACUGCUGUGGGGCCCUCGCACCCUGCCUGGGUGCCCGCACCCACCGCUGCUGAAGGCCCCACCUCCUCGGAUGAUGAGCCCGCUCACAGCCUGGCUGGUGCCUAUCCUCGGGACAGGUGCCCGCCGCCUCCCUACCCAAAGCACCUGCUGCUGCACAGCAAGUCCGAGCAGUUCGACCUCGACAGCUUGUGUACUGGCGUGGAGCAGAGCCUCCGCGGGGGCCUGGCCGCCGAGCCCGCCACCGACCGGAGCGACAAGAGCCGCAAGGUGGACAAGGCUGGCAAAGAUAAGAAGCAGAUCCAGACCUCUCCGGUGCCAGUACGCAAGAACAACAGAGAUGAAGAGAAGAGAGAAUCUCGCAUCAAGAGCUACUCCCCAUAUGCCUUCAAGUUCUUCAUGGAGCAGCACGUGGAAAAUGUCAUCAAAACCUACCAGCAGAAGGUCAACCGGAGGCUGCAGCUGGAACAGGAAAUGGCCAAGGCAGGACUCUGUGAGGCUGAGCAGGAGCAGAUGAGGAAGAUCCUGUACCAGAAGGAAUCUAAUUACAACAGGCUCAAGAGGGCCAAGAUGGACAAGUCCAUGUUUGUGAAGAUCAAAACUCUGGGAAUCGGUGCCUUUGGAGAAGUGUGCUUGGCCUGUAAGGUGGACACGCAUGCCUUGUAUGCCAUGAAGACCCUGAGGAAGAAAGAUGUGCUGAACCGGAACCAGGUGGCCCAUGUCAAGGCUGAGAGAGACAUCCUGGCUGAGGCAGACAACGAAUGGGUGGUCAAACUAUACUACUCCUUUCAAGACAAAGACAGCCUAUAUUUUGUGAUGGACUAUAUCCCUGGGGGGGACAUGAUGAGCCUGCUGAUCCGGAUGGAGGUCUUCCCUGAGCAUUUGGCCCGGUUCUACAUUGCAGAGUUGACUUUGGCCAUUGAAAGUGUCCACAAGAUGGGCUUCAUUCAUCGAGACAUCAAGCCUGACAACAUUUUGAUAGAUCUGGACGGUCACAUCAAGCUGACAGAUUUUGGCCUCUGUACUGGAUUCAGAUGGACUCACAAUUCCAAGUACUACCAGAAAGGUGAAGGGAACCAUAUCCGACAGGACAGCAUGGAGCCCAGUGACCUCUGGGAUGACGUGUCUGACUGUCGCUGUGGGGACAGGCUGAAGACUCUGGAGCAAAGAGCUCGGAAACAGCAUCAGCGAUGCUUGGCACACUCCUUGGUUGGGACCCCGAAUUACAUCGCCCCUGAGGUGCUCUUGCGCAAAGGGUACACCCAGCUCUGUGACUGGUGGAGCGUUGGCGUGAUUCUCUUCGAGAUGCUGGUGGGGCAGCCACCCUUUUUGGCUCCUACCCCAACAGAAACCCAGCUGAAGGUGAUAAACUGGGAGAGUACGCUCCACAUUCCAGCCCAAGUGAAGCUGAGCCCUGAGGCCAGGGACCUCAUCACCAAACUGUGCUGCUCUGCUGACUGCCGCCUGGGGAGGGAUGGAGCCGAUGACCUGAAGGCCCACCCAUUCUUCAGCACCAUUGACUUCUCCAGUGACAUCCGGAAGCAGCCAGCCCCCUACGUCCCCACCAUCAGCCACCCUAUGGACACCUCAAACUUUGACCCCGUGGAUGAAGAGAGCCCUUUGAGUGAGGCCAGUGAAGGUAGCGCCAAGGCCUGGGACACACUCACCUCCCCUAAUAACAAGCACCCUGAGCAUGCGUUUUAUGAGUUCACCUUCCGGAGGUUCUUCGAUGAUAACGGCUACCCCUUCCGGUGCCCAAAGCCUUCGGGAGCAGACACUUCACACUCUGAGAGUUCAGAUCUAGACAGCUCCGAUCUGGUGGAUCAAACUGAGGGCUGCCAGCCGGUGUACGUGUAGAUAUGACUACGUGCCUGCGGCUACAUGUGCCCGCAGCUACGUCUUUGCAGGGCAGGUGCCCAGCUGGUUCCUACAUGGUUGAUGGGAAGCCUGGGGCAGCCUUGUUUUCAGCUAGGUCACUGCGUACAUCAUUUGGAAGUCUGCUCUUCACCAAGAAACUUUUUUAAAGAAAGGACUCAAGUCUAGCAGAUUUUCAUUUCUAGAUUUUGGCUGAUGGGUGGCAGGGAGCAUCAACAUGGCUUUGAAUUGGCUUUUGGGGGCCUUCACUGCAUUAAAACAAUAUUUUUAAAAAUUUAGUACAGUUUAGAAAGCACUUAUUUUGUUGAUAACCAUUUUUUCUUACUAAAUUAUAGGGAUUAACUUUGACAAAUCAUGCUGCUGUUAUUUUCUACAUUUGUAUCUUAUCCAUAGCACUUACUCACAUUCAGAAGACAGAAAAACUGAAGAACAUGUGAUAAAUCUCUGUGCAAUAAUGUUUGAAAAAGAUGAUGCUCUGCUGAGAUGUCACGGAGACCAUUUUAUCCACACAAUGGUUUUUGUUUUGUAUUUGUUCCCACAUUUCAAAAUUGUGAUAUAAUGUUAAAAGCUGCUUUUUUGUUGUUUUUUGCAUAUUAUAGUACUAUAACAAAGUGUGAGCAAAGUAAUGACGUGGGUGUAAUUUCAGAUGCCUGGUGUGUGGGAAGUACUGUACUGCAUGAGCAGGAUUUUUCUAUUAUAAAAUUACCAUAUCUUGCCAUUCACAGCAGGUCCUGUGAAUACAUUUUUACCGAGUGUUUUUAAAUGAGGUAUUCUAGACAGCGUGCUGAUAACAUAUUAUGUGGGUGAUGUCUUUGCUAUGAUUGUAUCCCUUGCUGAGAAAUGCAGAUGUGUAAUUGAGAAGUGAUUUGUAUGUGUGUGCGUACAUGUGUGUGUAUGUGUGUCUUGUGUAUGAUUGGGGAAUAAAGGUAAAAUGUUUGUCAUACAGCAAACUUUAUACAUUAAAAGGGAUUAAUUCAGCUAUGCCAAAACAUUUAAGUUAAUCAUGGACCUAUGUCCAUUCUCUCAUCAGUCUGCGCUCUCAUUCUCAAUGUAGCUGGUAUGUGGAAUUCAAUAGCUACGACCCUACUACUUAAUGUUUUACUGACAGACUGCCCACACUGAAAGAUUACAUGGACGUUAUUCCUUUUGUUGUCUUAGGCAGCUGAGAGGUUGCCACACUGAAUUAAAUAAACUUAGGACUCUUGCCUUGUUUUUAGUGUGCUUGGAAGUGUCAAAUCUCAACUUGGUUUAAACAAUACCAAGUUUUUCUAGCUUUUGUGUAAAAAAAAAAACAAAAAAACAAAAAAACAAAAACAGAUUCUUCAAAGUGACAUUGGAAUAAAAACAAUUAAGCCAUACAUAUUUUCCUAGACAUAUAGGUGUAUAUAUGACUAUAUAGUAAACACACAAAAUAUUCCUUAUUUCAAAUUAGUAUGGUUUCUAUUUAAAGUGAUUUAUAUGAGCAAACAUUCAAUUCUUUGCUUUUUAAAAGAUCUGAUGCAUCCUAUUUUUCAUUAUAUUAUUCCACAUAUUUUCCUUGAAAUUCUUAGCAUAACGUAUUCAUUAUUAAAUAUCUAGGCAACAACACUUAUAAGUUUAUCAGUGUCUAAAAAACAUUCUGUGUACUGGUUUACAUUUGUAUGAAUGGCAUUCUGAGGUCUGCUGUGCUUGUAUCGUGACUUACAGUAUUUCGUUAUUUCAUAGUAAUAGCCACGUUAUUUACACCGCUCUGACAUACUUUUAUGUGGUAGGUUCUUUCUCAGGAACUCAGUUUAACUAUUAUUUAUUGAUAUAUCAUUGCCUUUGAAAAGCUUCUAUUGGCACAAUUUAUUAUUAAAACUUUGAAUCCAAAUUCUGUGGUUGGUGUCAUGUGUUGGAAUUUGAAUCUUACUGUUACUGGCAUGUUGUAAACCCCCUUUCCCUCUGGUGAUUCACAUAUAGCCAGGGCUGCUAGCUGCUGACAGAGCCACUAUCACCAGAGGUAGGGAAACACAUCUCCUCAACAGGCUUCAUCUCAGGAGGGGUCAGGGUGUGGGAAAGCAGGGUCCACACCAGCUGUUCUUUGACCACUUUCUCUCUGUAAAAUGACAAAAUAGGCUUCUUUAGGAUUGUUGAGUGGAUUAAGCGCUGUAACAAAUAUUAUAUGGUAAUAAGGAGCUAAUUCCCCUGCAUCAUCAUAAUACAGUGAAAUAAGACAAGCACAGGACACAAACUUCU